UGACCGUAGAUGAUCAUUAGUAAGAAAGCGAGUAGUAGCCUAUACAAUUCCUAAUCAGGUAAUUUCCAGGAAAAUAUCUGUCUACGAGCCCUAUAAAAAAAACACAAAGUAGAUAAGAAAUUGAUCAAAUCAAAAGGUCAAAUUCCCCAAAUUUGAAAGCGUUAAUCGGCGGAUCUAGAUCAGCGAGAUGGGGAAUACAGAGAAAUUGAUGAACCAAAUCAUGGAGCUGAAAUUCACAUCAAAAAGUCUUCAACGCCAAGCCAAAAAAUGUGAAAAAGACGAAAAAGCCGAGAAGCUUAAGGUGAAGAAAGCGAUCGAGAAAGGUAACAUGGACGGCGCUAGAAUUUACGCCGAGAACGCAAUCCGCAAGCGCAGCGAACAGAUGAAUUAUCUCCGUUUAUCUUCUCGUCUCGAUGCCGUUGUGGCUCGAUUGGAUACACAGGCGAAAAUGAAUACGAUUAGUAAGUCAAUGGGUAGUAUCGUAAAAUCACUUGAGUCGUCGCUGAAUACUGGUAACCUCCAGAAGAUGUCGGAGACGAUGGAUCAAUUUGAGCGGCAGUUCGUUAAUAUGGAAGUUCAAGCUGAGUUUAUGGAGAGUUCAAUGGCUGGAAGUACGUCGUUGUCGACUCCGGAGGAUCAGGUUAACAGUUUGAUGCACCAGGUGGCUGAUGAUUAUGGACUUGAAGUUUCUGUUGGGCUUCCACAAGCAGCUGGUCAUGCUAUUCCUACUAAGGAAAGUGAGAAGGUUGAUGAGGAUGAUCUAACUAGGCGCCUUGCUGAGCUGAAGGCGCGUGGUUAAAUGAGGCUGCGCAAUUGAACUAUUAAUGUGACAUAGUAUGUGGUGUUCUCUAUAUUUGCUACUGAAAAUUGAACGUCGUUGAUAUACAUUUUAACUCUCUUUUGUUGUUGGAGUUACUUUGUUUUACCUAACGGUUUGCAAAAUUUGUGUGUUUA